UACGACUUUUGAGCCACAAGACACAAAAGAAAAAUCAAAGGGGUCAUUAAAUAUCUUUUCUAUAGACGACAUAUCAAGUUAUCAACCAAGAAAAGAAAUUAAAAGAAGGGGGGUGACCUGAGUUGUUUCAACACAAACACAAAAAUGACCGGAGUUUUCAAAACGGUGACGUUUAUGGUUUUGGUUUUCGCUGCGGUUGUUUUCGCAGAGGACUACGAUGUCGGUGAUGAUACGGAAUGGAUAAGACCUACCGAGCUCGAGUUCUAUACUAACUGGGCUGCCGGUAAAACUUUCCGUGUCGGCGACGAGCUCGAAUUUGAUUUCGCUGCUGGGAGACAUGAUGUGGCAGUUGUAACAAAAGAUGCAUAUGAAAACUGCGAGAAAGAGAAACCAAUCAGUCACAUGACGAUUCCUCCGGUCAAAAUCAUGCUAAACACCACCGGACCACAAUACUUCAUCUGCACCGUCGGUGACCAUUGCCGCUUUGGUCAAAAACUUGCCAUCGAUGUAGUCGCUGCUGGUGGUGGAGGAAGCCGUGGCGGUUCUACCACCCCAGCACCUGGUGCCGGAGGCACCAACUCCACCACCCCAGGAGCCGGGACCACUACACCUUCUGGUCCUACCGGGACCACUACUACUACACCUCCGGCUGGAAGUGGUGCUGCUUCUUCGUUAGGUGGUGCAUCUGUUUUGGUCGCCUUUCUUUCUGCUCUUGUUGCUCUCUUUUAAAUUUCAUUAGACUUGAGAGAGAUAUUGAGUUAAAUCAAUAUGUAUGUCUAAUUUGUUUCAGCUUUGUUAGACGUACGUGAGUUUCAUCAUAGUCAUGUGUUUUCAUAUUCUUUGUGGGAAUAAUUAAGACUCGUCUCUCUGGUCAUAAUUUGACGCUUUUACGUGGCGAAUCAAUUAUGGCUUUCGACAAGUUUUAAUAUUAGUAAUAUGUGUGUUUGAUAUAUGAUUACUCGGUUAUAAAAAUAAGAUUCGUUUGUCCAUA